CAUUUUAGGUGAUGAGCUGACAUCCAUAGUGAGAUGUCUGCCAGACAUGCUGAGAUGAGAGCUGAGACUAAACACAAUGAAUGAUCAUUAUCCUUUUUAAACCUACUUUUAUUUUACUUAACAGGUCAUUUCUCUGGUGUACAAUGGCUGGCUCCAUAUUUGAGUGGGCGACACGGUGGCUCAGUGGGUAGCACUGUCGCCUCACAGCAAGAAGGUCCUGAUUUGCAUGUUCUCCCUGUGUCUGAGUGGAUUUCCUCCCACAGUCCAAAGACAUGCAAGUGAGCUCUAUCUGUGUUUGCUGAUCAGUGGUGUUAGCAGGAUGCUCGCUGCUGGUGGUGGAGGGUUUCGGGGGAGGAUGUUGGUGCAGUUGUUGUGUGUCCAGCUGCUCUGGAGUUUAGUCUGGGCAUCAGAACUCACCUUCGAGCUGCCCGACAAUGCCAAGCAGUGCUACUAUGAGGACAUCACCAUCGGCACCAAGUGCACCCUCGAGUUUCAGGUCGUGACCGGGGGCCAUUACGAUGUAGACUGUCGUUUGGAGGAUCCAGACGGUACAGUUCUGUACAAAGAAAUGAAGAAGCAGUACGACAGCUUCACGUUCACGGCAGCCAGAAAUGGAACCUACAAGUUCUGCUUUAGCAAUGAGUUUUCCACCUUCACCCACAAGACGGUUUACUUUGACUUUCAAGUUGGCGAUGACCCUCCACUCUUCCCUAAUGAGAACAGAGUGACUGCACUAACUCAGAUGGAAUCAGCAUGUGUCUCAAUCCAUGAGGCUCUGAAGUCUGUGAUCGACUAUCAGACCCAUUUCCGCCUGAGGGAAGCUCAGGGUCGCAGCAGAGCAGAAGACCUGAACACCAGAGUGGCAUUCUGGUCCGUCGGAGAGGCUUUCAUUCUGCUGGUGGUCAGUAUUAGCCAAGUCGUUCUGCUCAGGAGCUUCUUUUCAGACAAGAAGACGACGACGACCCGUGUAGGAUCCUAACAUCUCUAAUUCAUUGCUGAUUUCAGCACAUCCAUACAAACAUACACAAACACACUCACAUGGGACUAAAAGCAGACAGAAUUUUCAUGGUUUAUUCACUGUUUUUAGGACUCCAUACAGAAUGGUCAUUUAAAGAUGUUCUUGUUUGGCUGAGUUAGCUUUUACCCUACGGAUGGAUUGAGGUUUCGUAUCAAACAAUUGAAUUUUUCAUGAUAAGUAACCUCUUAAUUUAUUGCAUGUUUGUGCGAUUAAUUUUACAUUGUUUUCCCAGUUUGGUAAAUAGAAACCUACUUAACACACACUUAGACAAAAAGACAAAGCACUGCACAUAGCCUGUUAUUCAGUGAGAGAGAGAUUACUUCUGUACCACCUGAUCUAUAUUAUGCUGUGUAUUAGUCAAAUUCAGUGGUCCUUGUGUGCUUGUUUCCUGACCAAUUUAUUUCCAUGAAGUCAUUUUCAUGCGGCUGUUCUGAUGUUUGGCACUGUACUACAUUGGAACAUGCAUUCAUUUCUUUACUUCGAUCAGCGUCUGCGGGUUUCUGGCUGCAGGACAAAAAAACUUGGUGACAAGCUACUACAGGGUACAACACUCAAAAACGAAAUCAUGAAACCAAGCUGACAACGUUCAAGCAGAAACCACAAAGCAUGCAUUUUUAUUCAGACAGCCAGACGCCCGACAAGUAACUGGUGGUGGACAAAUUUGCUGUUUUCCCAAUCAGCUCUCAUCUCUCAGCAAUAACCACACUGGGUCCACACAAUAGGUCUGUUUUUUUUCCUGUUUUGCCACUCAUGCAUAAAAUGUGCAUUUUUUAAAUGUAUUUUCAUAGCAAACUAGUUAGUUAGCUUUUUCUCGUAGUUUGAUUCAAGUUGGUUUUAUAAAUUACAUAGACAUAUUCCUGAAGAUCUGGUUUUGAGCUGAAAUCAUUUGUUUAAUUAAGGAUAGUAAAUUCAAACUGGUUAAGACAGAAGACUGUAUUGUCUUUGGGCAAAUGAUUGCAUAACAGGGUUUCUCAACUGCAUUUUUAAGUACAUACCACCUUGCCUAAUCCCCAUAACUGAAUUUAACCAUCCUAGAGGAUUGGCGAUUUUUGCCAGCUACCACACAAGUCCAAAUGGUUUAUUAUUAAGAAAACAUAAUUUAUGUGUAGGCACACAGCUUACAAAAUGUGACAAACAAAAGAUAAAAAUAAGUGAUGGUUUAAGAUGUGUAGUGCUGCAUUGUAUCAUAGAACCUUCAAUGCGGAAUGACAUUUCUUUCUAUAAAUGAUAAGUCCAUUCUGGUGGUCAGUUUCAGUCUUCUUGAGAAGCUGUUUGAGAAGUAAGUUACAACAUAUAUAUUGCUAUAACUUAAACAAAUUGUUUUCUUAUCCCAGUUAAUGUAUUUGAUCUGGUUGGCUUAGUUGGUAAAACUGUAGCUGUGGGAAAUGGGUGUGCAUUAGGAAACCUGGUAAUGGGUUGGGGUUUUUCAUUAUUAAAGAAAUGUAGUUUACAGUAAUUAUUCCCAGUUGUAGAUUUUUGUUUGGCAUGAAGUAAAAAUGAUUUCCAUUAUUAGUCCAGUGUUGGAUAAGUGUGGGUUAAGUAGUGUUCACAAGUUAUUUUCAAAACGUGUUAUUUUAUAUGAAAGCUGAUCUUAGGUUGUUAGUUUUUUUUUCUGACAGUUUCAUUGUACACUUUAUUUACUUUGUUUAAUGUCGAGAAUCGAAUUGUACAGUCAUUUGGAAAUAAAGAAUGACCCUUGUAUUCUUUACGUCUACAGCCACUCGGUGGCAUUACUGUCAUACUGGUGAACACAAUAAAUCUGGGAAACGCA